CGCUCUCAUCCUCUCGCGCGUCUCUCCGGUUGAUGCGGUGACUGAGACGGAGUCAGACUCACGGGAGGAAGAGGAGAGGAACCACGGAACCGGCUGCGCUCUCAGACCGACUCCGUUCCCGUCUCAUCCACCACCGGAACCGGUGCAAAGGAACUGUAAGAAGAGAACGACAGGAACACUUUUUUUUAGGUCAGUGUGACCGAGAGCUCAACAAGGGUUUCAGUCUUUCAAGACACCUCCCAGCAAACCUCUCCACUCGCUGUCUUAAACAAAAGGCAACUGUCAACCAACACCUUUCUCUUCCCUAAACACUUUGCUUUGGCCCGGAGAGCCAUGGCCUUUACCCUGUCUGAAAUCAUGGCAGCAAGGCGGCAGCAGUCACAAGCUCAGUCCCACACUCAGAGAGGCAGCAGGGUGGCUGUAGAAGUGGAUGAGUACAGCACUAACCCCACCCAGGCCUUCACAUUCUACAACAUCAACCAGGGACGGUUCCAGCCACCUCAUGUCCACAUGGUGGACCCAGUGCCUCAUGACACUCCGAAACCACCAGGCUACACACGUUUUGUGUGCGUUUCAGACACCCACUCUCGUACUGAUGCCAUUCAGAUGCCAUAUGGAGAUGUGUUUAUCCAUGCUGGGGACUUCACUGAACUGGGACUUCCCUCUGAAGUCAAAAAGUUCAAUGACUGGCUAGGUACCCUGCCCUAUGAUAUCAAAAUAGUUAUUGCUGGAAACCAUGAGUUGACCUUUGACCAGGAAUUCAUGGCAGAUCUCAUCAAGCAGGACUUCUACUAUUUUCCUUCAGCCUCCAAGCUGAAGCCAGAGAAUUAUGAGAACGUCCAGUCGCUGCUUACCAACUGCAUCUACCUGCAGGACUCGGAAGUCACCGUUCGCGGUUUCAGGAUCUAUGGCUCUCCAUGGCAACCCUGGUACUAUGGCUGGGGUUUCAACUUGCCAAGAGGUCAGGCUCUUCUAGACAAGUGGAACCAGAUCCCUGACAACACAGACAUCCUGGUCACACACUGCCCCCCACUGGGCUUCCUGGACUGGGUCCCUAAGAAGAUGCAGCGUGUCGGAUGCAUGGAGCUGCUGAACACCGUCCAGAGGAGAGUCCAACCCAAACUACACGUGUUCGGACACAUUCAUGAAGGCUACGGCAUGAUGACAGACGGCACCACAACAUUCGUCAAUGCCUCGGCCUGCACCGUUAACUUUUUGCCCAUGAACCCACCCAUUGUCUUUGAUCUUCCCAAUCCCAGGACCACAUGACUAGGAAAGGCUGGACCCAAGCCCCCCACAGCCGGUAAAGGGAAAGAAGUCCAGAGCGGUGGUCGUGACUGAUUGGUUGGUCACCACUAAUUCUGUAAAUAUGCAUCAGGCCUGGGUAAACGCCCCCUCCGGCUUUUAACGUUAUUUAUUGUCCCAAAAUGUCUCUGUGUGAAACUAGACCCAGGAAAAGCAGACACGAGCUGUUUUUAGGGUGAGACUGUCAGAAGUGGACGACUGGAUGCACUUGUGUCUUUGCUGCAGUGACAAUCUGGUGCUGCUCUAAGAGACAAACUAAAAAAGAAAUAACCUUUUCACUUCAUUAAAUUUAACUGUGAAACAAUCCAACGGCCCUUCUACAUGGGAGCUUUGGCCAAGACACAACGGAACGUUUGCCAAGAGGAUUUCACACCACGCUCCCUGCUUUUCAGCUUUCAUUUCCCAAGCCUUUCCCAAUUCCUCCUUCAACAAACUUUUUUCUUCUAAGCCUUCACUGUCCCUCCCCUGCUCACACCCACACCAUGCUGGAGUGGUUGUAUUCUGUUUCGAGGAUUUUUUUUCUUCAUGUUUAAUGUGAGAGACAUCAAAGCAAGCGUGCAAUGGCAAAAAGAAGCCUAUGCUAUCAACCCCCAGGUGAUCCUCUGAGCCGACUGGAAUAAGGAGAACGGCGUUCCGGGCCGGGUUGCUUCAGCUCGGCAUGUUGCUUCGGCUUCAUUCCGCUGUAGUUACAGUAUGUCAGUUUUACAACGACGGUGGGAGAAAGAGGUUUUUGGAACCUGCAAGCAACAAAAACUGACAAUAAAACUGAAAGGUGCUACAAGCUAACUCAGUGACUUGUUGAUGCUAACAGGAACAGGAAGUAGUGUUCGCUGUUUAUCAUGCUGAAGUGCUGAACCCUCCUUGUGUCUUUCAAGAAAGGCAAACCAGUGGUAAACUUACAAUUUCUUUGUAAAUGUCCUCCAUCAGAGUAAAAAAAAAAGUCUUUUUCCAUGCUGCUGAUGUGUUUAAAAAAAAUUAAGGUUGUUACAUCGCUUUGGUUAUACUUAAAUGUUUGAUGUGCUGUUUUUUUCUGCCCUUUCUGCUUGACCCCAUUUCACUUGUUAUAUUUUGUAUUUUAAAAAAGAAAGAGAACUAAGAAAGACAUCAGGAUUCUAUUUUUCCUGCUCUGUUUAACAGAUGGAAAUGAUGAUCCCACCAAGAUCAGGUCAUAAUUUGAGGUUUCCCAGUUCUCUGACAUGAAUGUUUCCCUGAAAUGCACUCAGCUGACUCAGUGCUCCAAAUCUGGCUAAAUGAACAUUCUGAGGAUGGGUUUGGAUUUAGAAACACUAAAACAUGAAUGUUUUGGAGUGACUUUUGAAAUGAUAUGUGCUCUGGGUCUGAUUCCAGGUGGAUGUUUGGUUUUGAGGAUAAAUUAAAGAUAAGUUUUCUGACUUUUUGUUAUAACAAGUAAAGAAACUUUCCUAUCGAGCUCUGCUGGUGAAACAUCUGGAAUUGAAGAGAAAACAAACUGUUGAGCCCGUUUUAUGAACAGCUCUCAACUCAAACAUCAUUAUAACAGGGCUCGAAUUACGCACAGGCUUCUGAGUGAGCCCCAUCAAAAUGCUAUAAUUGUGUGUGUGUGUG